AUGUUCUUGUCCAACAACCAGGGCAACUUAUUCAGCAACCAGCACAACAGUACGUGCGAAAAGGUCUAUUCUACAUGCACUAUCCGUACUACAGACUCCCACGGGAGUAUGUCUUACGAACUCGAACUGAAUUCGCAUAUCCUCCACAGUACCAACACGUCCAGUACACCUAUCAUCAGCCGUUACCGUACAAAGGACUAUUACAAUAUCUAUCGCAGCGAUCCUCGAUUUAAUCCGUAUAUAACGGCCGGAUGCGGUGGAGGCUGUGGUGGAGGAGGAGAAGCUCGAGUCAACAAGAAGGACCCUCUCGCCGACAUCGAUUUGGAAACGCUGGAGGAACUCGGAAAAUGGACCAAGAAGAAGAAAAUGAGGGUGUCGGCCGGGAGGUCCACGUUGUGGUGCCCAGCAAAACGAUUUCCGGGGUAG